AUGUAUUACGUGAAGUUAGCCUCAUUCUGUUCUACAACACAAUUGCAUUUUAGUUUGUGUUUACGGGUAUAAGAUUUCUAACAUACUAAAAUACUGUUCAACUUGUUUAACAACAGUAUUUUCCCGAUUUUUACACAAAGCAAAAGUGAUAAAAACAAAGACGUAACAAUUAUUACAAUAAUUCAUGUCCGUAAAAGUGAAGUGCGUGUUUUACAGGGUCGGUGGAAUAAUGAAGAGUGGUGUAUUUAUCGCUUUUUAGCGAUGUGUGAAUUGAUUAAAUCGAAUUGAUGGUGUUUUUAUAUAAUUCAUGGUGUAUCCGAUAUUGCUAGUGUCGUUUGUAAAACAUAAUUCGAAUCAUAGGGUCCACAAACGAGCAGACGGAUUCUAUCAUGGUCGUAAAACGUGCUGCGGACAGUGCGGACUCACCAAUACUGGAGGAACCCGGUGAGAGCGGCUCCGAACAAAAGCCGAAACCUCUCGUCAAAUAUGGCGAACUAGUAAUACUCGGAUACAAUGGCUUCCUGCCAGCGGGGGAGCGCGGACGACGUCGCAGCAAGUUUGUGCUGUACCGGCGCCCGCAGGCGAACGGCGUACGUCGUUCCAAGCAUUACGUAGUGAAGACACCUCACAGCAGCAAAGCUAUUCUCGAUGCCAGCCAGCAUUCUAUCUCGUACACACUUAGCCGCAGCCAAGCGGUUAUCGUGGAAUAUACAGAGGACCCAGACACAGACAUGUUCCAGAUUGGUAGAUCGUCGGAGCCUCCGAUCGACUUCGUGGUCAUGGACACGGUGGCGGGCGACAAAAGUGGCGACACGAAGGUCCUCCAGAGUACGAUAUCGCGGUUCGCCUGCAGGAUUAUCGCCGACCGCAACGACGUGAACAACUGCCGCAUAUACGCGGCGGGCUUCGACUCCUCUAGGAAUAUAUUCUUAGGUGAGAAAGCAACAAAAUGGACAGAGAACCACGAAAUCGAUGGUCUUACGACAAACGGUGUCCUCAUCAUGCAUCCACGGGGUGACUUCUGCGGUGGAAGCGCGACUUGUGGUCCCUGGCGCGAGACCUCAGUCGGAGGUGCUGUGUUUUCUUUACGAGAGAGCCGAUCGGCACAACAGAAGGGAUUGCCUUGUCAAGCGGAGACCAAUGUUCUAAGAGAUGGAACAAUGAUUGAUUUAUGCGGCGCAACACUUCUUUGGAGAAGUGCUGAAGGAUUAAAAAAUUCACCGACGAAGCGUGACUUAGAAGCAUUAGUAGACGAAUUAAACGCAGGAAGACCGCAGUGUCCCGUGGGACUGAACACACUUGUUAUUCCGCGGAAGUUGUCUUCCGCGCACCAGGAUCUAAACCAGCCUUACGUUUAUCUCAACUGUGGACACGUGCAAGGAGAACACUCGUGGGGCGCGGAGGGUAGCGAGACGGGCGUCCGUCGCUGUCCGAUGUGCCUGACCGCGGGGUCCGUGGUCCGCGUGUGUAUGGGCAUCGAACCCGCUUUCUACGUCGACUCGGGACCACCCACGUACGCCUUCAACCCCUGCGGACAUAUGGCUUCGGAGCGAACUGUUAAGUACUGGGCCAGCGUGGACAUCCCGCACGGCACGAACGGCUUCCACGCGAUCUGCCCGUUCUGCGCGGCGCCGCUGCAGGGCUCGCCGGGCUACGUGCGCCUCAUCUUCCAGGACAACCUCGACUGAAUCUCUCCCGCUCCCACGCACAGGUUCGCAGAGGGGCCGUGGUCGUGAGGAAGCAGGGUAUAUCUACAACGUGAUAAAAUUAAAACAUAAACGUCGACGUAGGCCGUCAUAAUAUAAGAACGUAAUAUUCAGUGUUUGUAAGCUUUACUUACAAAUAGUCCUAUAGUUUUGCUUAACGAUGAAACUUUAAUUGGUUUACAAGUAAUCUGAACUUUCUUUGCAAUAGAAUUUGACAUUAUAUGUUUCAAAGUCAUAAUUUGUCACAUUUUAUAUCAAAAAAAUGUAUAUUUUUCAAACCAUACGUAGGUACCGAUUGAAUAAAAAAAGUUAAUUUGAAAAACAAAUGACAAAAAAGACAUCAUUGUCUUCAAAGCGUAGAUUAUUGCUAUCACAUAAACUUUACAAUUUUUUUGUUGAAUUUUUUUCUUAUUUAGACCAGUUUUAACCGAUUGGAUUAAUUCUGUAUGCAAUAGUAAGCUGUAUUUUAUUAUAUAGCUAUUAUUAGGUAUAAAAAGGCACGUCAAAGUCGAUGAGAACUUAUUUUUAAGUAUUCUAAGAACAGAAACGUUAUAUGUUCUAUAUAUUAAAUGAUGCAAAUAUUACUUUUUAAUUUAAAUAUAUAUCACGGAAACGUAUUCGCGUCUGCAUAUUUAUCAUAAGAAUAAAGUGUUCGACUAUUGUUUCGUUAAUUUCGUGUAAAUUACACAAACAAAGGAAAUAAAAUGACAAAAAACAUUUGAAAAGCUUUGUAAAUUGCUGCAUUAGUUUUAUAUUGGUAUCGUUCGAAGUGAAAUGUAACAGGUGUUAUAACGAACGGAACAUUUUCUACACGUUAACAAUUUUAAUUGGCUGAUUUUUUUUUAAUAAAUAACGCAGCAAUUUAUAUUUUACAUGAUUUCGAAUAAAUAAAUAAUCGACUAAGGUUAAUGAAAUGUAAAUAAACGUCAGUUUAAUUAAUUUAUGUUGGGGUUUCAGUAGCGUGUGGCAUGCUUCGUAGUUCUAAGCGAGCCUGUUAGUUGUAGCCGUUAUGCCCGAGUAUAAUAUGUUUCUAGUUAUUGGCCUCGUAUAAAUUGGGAUACAUCGCUGUAUUAAGUUGUAUUCGCAAUCCUGUUUGCACUCGUCACCGACUUUCAUCUCUGAUUCACCAAUUUCGAAAUAUUCCCUCAACUGAUACCUUUUUAUGAGAAAAAGGAGUACUUAGUUGUUACAAAAUGUUAAGUGAUUUUUUUUAUUAGCGAAUUCCGUUCACUCUGAUCUCACAGUAGUUUCGACAAAUUAAGUUAACAAUGCACGCACGACCGUGCGUGUCACGAUCUAUUCGCAUUCACCGAUGCCGACAUCGGGAUGAUUGUAAAAAUAAUGUAAGUUUUAUAGAUGUAGUGAAAUUAGCUUACGUAAUUCGAGAAAUUUAGUUUUUGUACAAUUUGAAUCCACUAGUUAGUGAUUACACGACAUGCCUUCGAGUCAAAUAUCGCAAGAAAUGUAUAUGUCUGUUAUAGUAAGAGUUCAUAUUAUUAACUGUAUGCAGAAAUAAACAUAUUAAUUUAGAAAUAAAGAGUUUGAAAUGAAAUUGAAUUACUUAUUUAUAAAAAAAAAGAAGAUCGUCUGUUACGUAUUUUAUGGACCUAUUGAUUUAUGAAAUGGCUUAUAAUAUAACGAUAUUUGUACAUGUGAUUUUCGUAAACAAAAGUAAUGUCUUACUUUUACGUUGAAAUGUCUGUAUGAAUAUUCCUUUUGACUUGUGACAAUAUAAGCAGCCGUCAGACAAGACGAAUUAUUGUAUGCCGUCAUUAAAGACGAAUGCUGAAGUCGGAAUGCCCUUUAGCUUCUAAUAAUAUUUAUGCUUUGGUAUGUGUUGUAAAUUGCGUUGCACUGCAGACGUGUUUCGGUAUAAUUAGCGUUAUUUUCAUUAGAAUGACAUGUUAAAGUAUGCACUGCAAGGUUGUAACGCAAAAUUUUCAGAUAUACCUUAGCCGCGGUGUGUUGUGUUGUUUUGUUUCGGUGUCGAUAUGUUCGUGUAAUUUUUUAUGUUACAACCUUGCAAGUCGUACUGGGAGUGUAGCGACGUUCAGACCAUCGUCUUGUGCAGUCCUAACUAUUUUCGGCAUAUAAAAAUAUACGAAUCUAGUCCAGGAGCACUAUGGGUCGAUGUUCUAACGUUUGUCUAAAUAAGAACUGAAUGCUAGCCUUAAUUUUAUUUAUAAUAAGUGCUAGGUUAAUAAAAAUGCUCUUUUGAGUUAGAAAAUUGA